UAGAGGCCAGGGGGCCAUUCCCUGUACCCUGAGCACAGAGGGCCUGGGCCAGAGCCCUCGGGAGCCAUGGAGAGCUUCAUGGAGUCACUGAACAGGCUGAAGGACGUCCAUGAGAACGAGGUCCGGGGUCUGCAGAACAAACUCCUGGAGCUGAACUCCGAGAGAUGCCGGGACGCCCAGAGGGUGGAAGAGCUCUGCACCAAGAACCAUCAGCUCAGGGAGCAGCAGAAGGCGCUGAAGGAGAACGUGCGGGUGCUGGAGAACAGGCUGCGAGCUGGCCUGUGCGACCGCUGCAUGGUCACCCAGGAGCUGGCCAGGAAGAAGCAGCAGGAGUUCGAGAACUCGCUCCUCCAGAACCUGCAGCACGCCGUCCUCCUCACCAACGAGCUGAACCGGCUGCAGGGGGAAAACGAGACGUUGAAGGAGGAGAUAAAGCGGCUUCGGGGCCCACGGCUCAAGCCCCAAUACAGGGAGGGUGCCUCAGACCCCCCCUACCCUACCACUCCCCUCCCGGGCGCUCGGAAGGCCGCCAUCGAGAAGACAUCGGGAGGCCAUGAGGAGGCCGAGGACGACCAUCCAGAAAAGUCCACGGGGUACAGGACACCUCCAGUAGCCAAAAUCUCCCCAAGCGCCAGCCUGCCCGAGACGCGGGCCCCAGACACGAGCCCCCAGCGGAUCUCCAACCAGCUGCACGGGACCAUUGCCGUGGUGCGGCCUGGGUCCCAGGCAUGCUCUGCUGACCGGGGCUCCACCAACGGGACACCCGCACUGCCGCUCACCGGGAGCAGCCCCCCCAGCCCACCCAAUGAGCACAGCCUCCCCCUGGACAGCUUUCUGCGGGCCACCCGGCACCCGGUCAUGACCUAUGAGUCCCUGAAGCGCUCCCUCCGGGCUGACCGCCUCUGCCUCCUGAACCGCCACCUGGCCCUGCACCUUCAGAGCCCCCACGGCGGCCCCAAUCCCGCCUCAGCCCCCAGUGGCCCCCGGCCCCAGGGCCUGAAGGCUGGAGAGGCAGAGGCCUGGGAGGAGCCUGGGCCCCUGGGCCUCCCCGGGGGCCCAGUGGACAUGCGACACCCUCGGCUGGAGGGACAGCAGCUGCGGGCACAGGGGCGGAUGGGCAGUGCCAGGCUGAGGGGCCCGCCCCCGCCGGGGGGCACCCCACCCUCCCCACCAGUCAGCUCUGACUCAGAAGGCCCCCAGGGCGAGGCAGCCCUGUCCGGAGGGGGACACGCACAGCCAGCCGGUCCAGGUAGCCCCAGGGGAAAGGAAGCCACAGCCACACAGGACUAUGUCCCAGACAAGCCCCUGGACCUCUCGGAGCGCGGCCGGGGCCGGGAUGCCCCCAAGCCUCCUGACCAGCCGGGGUCACAGCCCCCAGCUGCCCACACUCCCAGCCCAGAGCCGCCCCACGGAGCGGAGCCGCCUGCCCAGCCUGUACCCUGGGGACUCAGCAAUGGCACCAAGGGAGCCAGAGCUCCAGAGGCAGAAGGACCCCCCCCCCCCCAGGAUCCCUCCCAAGCUCUUCCAGGGCCCCACCCCAACGUGCCCUCUCCAAGCGGGACGGGAGAUGAAGCUAGGGGGAGACCGACCCCCCCCCACCCACACGGGCCCGAUGCUGAUGGCCACCCAGAGCUCAGCAAGGCCCAAGUGCAGUGGCUGGAGUCGGACGACCUGGACGAGUCAGACACCUCGGACGAUGAGGUGGGCCGGAGCUGCGAGGUGGGGGCCAAGCCGAGCACACCGCGGGAGGGGCCCAGGUGCUUCUGCACCAAGGAGCGCGGGCAGAGCCUGCAGCAGAAGAGGAAGCGAGCCGCGGGCCCCUGGUGCAGAGCCUCCAAGAAGCCACCCCCAGGAAGGAAUCCAGGGGAGCCCCUGACAGCACAUGAGGGGUCCGGCCCAAGGGACCCUGAGGAUGGCAGCCCCCCACGAAGCAACGGCAGCUGGGAGACUUAGCUGCUCCCGGGGGCACCACACCCAACUGACAGCCCAGCACAGGGCAGGAGGGGACCCGGACCUGGACCAUCUCCACAGGGGCUGGAAAGGCCAAGAGGGGGUCUUUGGCUGGCCACUUGGACCCCUCCAUCUCCACCCAUCUCAGAAUGACCAGCUAGUCCUGGCGCUCGACCCUCACCCCAGCAUCUGCUCCAUUGGGGGGCAGUAGGGUUCUCAGAGGCAGGGGAGGCAGGGGUGACUCAGACUCCGGCCCAGCGCAGUCCCCACCCCUGCUGCACGUAAGCAACCCUUCCUGGGCAGUGCCCCCACUUCUGACGGUCUCAGACUCCACUGGCAUCCCUGACCCCCAGGGCCCUGCGCGCCCAGCCACCCCCUCCCUGACUGGGCGGAGUGCGAGUGGUGGU